CCCACACCUGUGCGCGAACAUCACCGGGCUGCUGGCUCUAGCGCUGCAAAAACAAGCCCUGCCUAGUUUGUCUCCAACCAUCGACACGAGAUGGCUUCGAUCCGACCCGAGGCGGACGUCGUGUACAUAACAUCGGCGGAGGUCCUGUCCGUGCGGGAGCGGAUGCACAGCCCCAAGCGCUACGUGUACGAGGUGAGCGUGGACUGGAGCGACUCCAACACCACUACCUGCUACCGCGGCUACACCGACUUCUUCGACUUCCAGUGCGAAUUGCUCAGCACGUUUCCGUUCGAGGCGGGCGCCGUGAAGGGAAUCCCGCGGACGAUUCCUUACCUCCCCGGCAGAAAGCUAUUCCAACGCAGCACCGCAGCCCUGGCCGAGAAACGGCUCCCGCAGAUAAACGACUACGUCCAGCGGCUGGUGGCGAUGUCGGAGAAGGUCUCGCGGAGUCAGUCCGUGCUAAAGUUUUUCCGCGCCAACUGGCAGGAGGACCGACUGCGCGGAGGCAGUUUCUCCGUUCCCAGGCAGAGUUCCCGCUCGGGGCUCCUGUUUCACGAAGAAGGUGAUGUGGAGUACUCUGUGAGGAGACUGGACGACGGAGGCGAGGGCUACAGAAACUCUUACUCCAUCUCUCCUCCCUCGGAUGAUGGGGAGCUAAGUUCCAUUCAAGUGGUAGAGCGGGGAGAAACCGGUAGAGAAAAACAGACAGUCGAACAAAACAGAACACAAGAAACUCAACCUACGGUACCGUAAUAUAAAUUUUAAUUCAAUUCUUUUUAUCACCGUUGGUCACUUUUUGAGAGUCUAGCAGCCCUGACAGGAGAUGUUUGUCGGGAAAAACGUCAGUGUGCAUGAAGUAAGACUUCCCUUGCGCCUGGAAAGUUGAAAACCCAGAGAGACCAGAGGGUGGUUUCAUCUCGAGCACCUCAAACUCGCUGCGGACCCGUCGUGCCAGGAGAGAGAAGGUGUAAGCAGCGACUCGCUGGGUGUGGGGCUGGUAGUACAGAUGGGUGAUGUAGCCCUUGAGGAGCCAGUGGAGGAUGGCCGUCGUAGAGAGGCCCACCAGGAGAACAAGAGAUGAGAUUGCCAGCCGUGCAGCCACCGGGACGCUCUCCUUCCCCAACCACACCAGAACAGGGUCCCCCACACGACGCCAGAACAGCCGUCGUGAGCGAGAAUAUCUUGAGAGCUUUCACGGCGCCUUUCAGAGGUCCAGUGUACACCAACUGGAACCCCCCUGCAGAUGUCUCUCUAUUAGGACCUCCGGUAGUAGAGUAGUGACGACCAUAGUUUAGCUGAUUGGUCGUAUUUUGUCGAGCAGUAGUAGUGUAGCUAAGUCGUGCGUGACUGGACUUGACAUAGAGUGAGUUACUUGGGACUACAGUCGUGGAUGUGAUGCUGGAUGACAGUCUUAGCAGUCGGUGGCCGCUUUUAGACCAGGUACAUAGGCGUACAGGUUGGAGCCCCAGAAUAAGCCUGAGGCAAGCAGACAUCCUCUAGCUCUAGCAGACUUCAGCUAGCUCAGAGCAGUGUGAUCUUUGAACCUUUCAGUAAAAGCACGUGUGCAAAAGUGGGCAGGGCUAGCGCUAAUUCUAGGUGCGCGUUAUAUAGACUUGCGUCCACAUGGCUUUCAGAGUGAUCCGUGCUCUGCGGCCCACUGCCGCAUCUCUCCGCUACCUACGUCCCUACAAUUCUCACAACCACCUGAGUAGUGCUAGCAGUCCCGCCAGUUCCAACGAAUUGGAUGAAACACAGGUGAAAGAGACCACAAUCACGGAGGGAAGGUACAAAGAGCUUUCGUCACGGAUUCUUGGAGCAUCGUACGGUUUUUGCAGGUCCAUAGACGACCCUUACUUUGGAAUAUCCACUUCCACUUUUCCCCAAAGGAUCCUCUCAGUUCUACUGCACCCAGUCAAUGAGCAGGACGUGGAGAUAAAGCCUGACGGGCUGAUUUACCUCCCUGAGAUCAAGUAUCGUAGAAUUCUAAACCAGGCCUUUGGUCCCGGAGGCUGGGCUCUCAUGCCAAGAGGAAAUGAAGGCGAGGGAGCUCAACUGAUCACCAGAGAGUACUCCCUCUACUGCCAUGGGAGGUUCAUCUCUCAGGCCACCGGGGAACAUACGUUCUACAGCAAGUCCAACCUGAGCUAUGGGAAGGCCUGUGAGAGUGCAAAGUCCAACGCUCUCACUCGCUGUUGCAAGGAUCUUGGCAUAGCCAGUGAGCUCUGGGACCCUCAGUUCGUAUCGAAGUGGAAGAAGCAGUAUUCAGAGGAGGCUUGGUGUGAGAAUGUGAGGAACAAGGAGAAGAAGAGGCUGUGGAGAAAGGCCAGCUCUGGAGAGACCUUCCCCUACCCUUGGAAGGAAAUGGGCCCUGUCAAAUCAUCAAAUUCCUCGUGAAAUGGUCCCAAAGCUUGCACGAAAACUCAGUCAUGAAUUCUCAAAGACACAGCAAUCUGCAGUCUGCACAAUUAUUAUUUUUUGCAAUUUCGUUUAAUCCAGCAAUCAUGUAUUUAUCCACAAAAAAAAACAGAAUGAGGAUGAUUAUUCACAAACAAAGAUCGUUGUGGGUUUGCAAAAGUGCUCAAUCGGUUCUCCACGUGACUUCGACCUCGUCGGUUCUGUAUCGCUGGGUGAUCCAGGUGUCCUCGAGUCGUGCCACCUGUCCACUGCGGAACAUCUCCCAGCCUGCCUGGGCUAUCAUGGCACCAUUGUCUAUACAGUAGCGCUCGUCUGUGGCAAACACCUUCCCUCCUCUCUCCUCGGCCAUCGUAGCCAUCAUCUCCUGCAGACGGACGUUGCAGCCGACACCCCCGACAAUCAGCACCUCCUGCGACCCACAAUGUGCCAUAGCUCUCUCCGUGAUCUCUACCAACAUGGCAAACACCGUCUCUUGCAGGGAGUAGCACAGAUCAGCAGCCGUGCACUCUCCCCGCUCCAGCUUUUCCCUCCCCUGUGACUCAAUAUGUGAUAGAAUCCCCGAGAAAGACACGUCCAUCCCCUUCACGACAUACGGCAGCUCCACGUACUUAGUGCCCUGUUUCGCGAGCUGCUCUAUGUUGUAUCCGGGGCUAGGGUCGUUUGAUAGUUUUAGGACUCUAGCAAAUCUGUCGAGACAGUUUCCCACAGCUAUAUCUAUGGUCUCGCCGAAGAUGCGGUAUUUUUGCUGGGAGUAAGCGAUGACUUGAGUGUUUCCACCGCUCACGUAGAGGACUGUGGGGCUCCUGGCGCCAGUGACGAGGCGACCCAUCUCUAUGUGCCCGACGCAAUGGUUCACGGCCACCAGGGGUUUCCGCCAGAGCUGGGCCACCGUUCUUGCAACCACGGCCACCGAGACCAGUGGAGCGCCCAUCCCGGGUCCCUUGGUGAAGCAUACGCAGUCAAUGUCGGCUGGAGUCACUCUGGCUUCGUCCAGAGCCCGCCUGAGGACGUCCAGUACGUGUUUUCUGUGGUGUGCGGCCGUGUCUCGCGGCAGAAAGCCCUGUCCCGCCGGAGCAUGGUACGUGUGCCUGACGUUGGAGAGAACCACGCCGUCACUCACGAUCCCGACGCCUAGUUUGUUAGCGCUACCCUCGAAUCCGAUCGCAACAACCAUGGUGGGCUCU